CUCUAUUUCCUCUCUCCUCUCUCGACCCCCUGCCAGACCAAUCGAACCACCCCCAUCAACCAUGAAGGCGUGCGCUUUCAUAGCUGCCCUGGUAGCUUGCGCGACCAAGUCGCUGGCUUUCGUGGCCCCGCUUCAAUCAUCCACCCUGACCUUCUCCAGCCCCCGCUCAAGCCUCGCGGCAGCAGCAACAGCAACAUCACCAGCGCCGGCGGCACGGCAAGGCGUGUCGGGCAUCUCGAUGAAGCGCAAGGGCAAGCCGAACACGAACAUCGCGCAACGAGGGAGCUUCAACCAGAUGCAGCAACAGGACAUGCAAUAUCAGGAGCAGCGAAAGGCGAUGCAAUCGGGGAUGCCAUCUUUCCAGAUCUAUGUGCGAACGAAGGUCAACAACAUGUGGUACCCGUGCGGGCUGAUGCAGGGAGACGACAAGGCAAAGGCAACGGUUGACGCGAUGAUAUCGGGGCUGCUGAAGGACGUCUCCAAGUACUCGCUGGAGAAGGGGGUCGCCUCGAGCGUGCUGGCGAACCGGAAGGACCUCGUUCGACAGGUCAGCUCGGCGUAUCCUCAGAUCGCUGGAAAGGAGCUGACCUUUGGGUUCAAGGUCAUCUACGCGGAUCUGGAGGCGAAAAUGGGCAAGCAGGAGGUGACGGAGAUCACUAAGGACAUGACCUUGGGCCCCCUGGAUGCCUUCAAGAAGAAAAUGGGGUUCUAAGAGGGAGAGUGGGUUCUGGUCACCUUUUUUUGGGGGGGGCUUGCCCUCUGGACCGGUGACGGGAUAGGAGCACGUCGCCUUACCACAGCGCGGAUCGGAUCGAAGACAGAGGUUUUACUGCACGCCGCAUGGAUCCACCAUUUUGCGGUAUAGAAAGAGCUCGGCGAGUGGUAGGGACGGGUGCAUGUGCUGCGAUGGGCCAUCCCUCGCGUCUCCCGUUGUUCCAUCGCUCGCUAGAUGUCAGCCAGCGUUAGAGAGCUCCUUUCACCGGCCUGAGAGUGAUUUGAAGUUUGACUGUGUGGACAAACACGUGGUCGCAUGGCGCCUCCGUCUAUAUAGGAGUAGCGAUGGAUUUCGCUGAGGGCGGUGGAGCGGAAUGUCGGCCCCGUCGAGCGUGCGUGCGCAGCAUUUUCUUCAUUCACGAUGCCGUUUAUAAUGGAACGGCAAGAAAACAUAUUUUUGUGACACGUGCCCCGAAGGCGCCAGCCGUGGGAUCAACAGGCACAGAUCGAUUUCGUCUGCUCGGGGUACCGCAAGCAUAGGAGUACCAGGCAUGUAGUCGCGUGGCCCUUGUACCAGCACGGGCACAGCGCGGGACGCCAAACUCCGGGCUUUUGAAGCUUGCUCGGACAACAUGGAUGGUGACGAGGGUGUCUCCGCAGACUACUUGCUGCCCGUAAAUGUGAUGAGUAGGUGUCGUCGCGGAAGCGCACUACUGCUGUUGUGGGCUAAUGUUUCCGGUCUCUUUUUUGUUGCCCUCGUGUGUGAGAUGAUGUCGCCGGUUUUCUGUGGGGGCCCCAUGCCCGAAGCGCUUUGCUAGGCUCUUGGCUGAUGUUUGUAAUUGCGUGCUUGCCCUUUGAUAUCGUGCCGAGCACAGACUAAAGAUGAAUUCGUGCCGCAAGUAUUUGUGUUUGUG